UUCCCUCUCUCCUUGCUUCAUUUCAUCGUCCAUACUACCUCCUCCAGAAGCAGCACUAUCCCUUUAACGAGGGCGAUGGAAGUGAAAUACAGGGCAAUCGCGAUGACCCUCUUUUUCUUUCUGGGAUUCUCUGCUAUUUUCCCUCUCUGUUUCUCGGACGUCGUUCAACCCAGUCUCGCCAAAAAGUCACCACCAUUAACUUCUAAUAAUCGCAUUGGCUCCUCCGUUGUUUUUCGGGUUCAAGGGAACGUGUACCCCCUUGGGUACUACUCGGUUUCCCUUAACAUUGGCAAUCCCCCAAAAGCUUACGACCUUGACAUUGACUCCGGGAGCGACCUCACUUGGGUACAGUGCGACGCACCGUGUAAAGGUUGCACCAAGCCUCGGAGUCAGCAGUAUAAGCCGCACAAGAACCUUGUUCCUUGUGGGGACCAGUUGUGUGGCGUAGUCCAGUCAUCAGCGAGGCGCCACUGCCAAUCCCCCAAUGAGCAAUGCGACUAUGAGAUUGAGUAUGCAGACCACGGCUCAUCAAUGGGCGUGCUUGUCCGAGACUAUAUCCCCCUUCGGCUCACCAAUGGGUCGGUUGUUGGUCCCAGGCUGGCUUUCGGGUGUGGGUAUGAUCAAACCUAUUCUGGUCCAACGUCACCGCCAUCUACAGCUGGAGUGUUGGGUCUUGGAAAUGGCAAGUCGAGCCUUUUGUCGCAGCUCACUUCUCUGGGUGUGAUUCGCAAUGUUGUGGGCCACUGCCUAAGUGGGCGUGGGGGAGGUUUUCUGUUUUUCGGAGAUCAUCUCGUUCCCUCCUCUGGAGUUUCUUGGACCCCAAUCUCACCUGGUUCCUCCGUAAAACACUACGUCUCUGGGCCAGCGGAUCUGCUUUUCAAUGCGAAGACAACCUCUGUGAAGGGUCUUCAGGUUAUCUUUGACAGUGGGAGCUCCUACGCAUACUUCAACUCCAAAGCUUAUCAAGCCAUUGUCAAUACGAUGGUUGAUGAUUUGAAGGGGAAGCCAUUGAGCAGAGCAACGGCCGAUCGGUCCCUUCCUGUUUGCUGGAAGGGUUCAAAGCCAUUCAAAUCUGUAGGAGAUGUCGCCAACCUUUUUAAGCCUUUAACACUAAGCUUCACAAGGAUGAAGAAUGUGCAGCUGCAAUUGCCACCAUCAUCUUAUCUCAUUCUUACUAAACAAGGCAACGUCUGCUUGGGAAUUCUCAACGGCUCUGAAGCUGGACUGGGAAAUCUUAACAUCAUUGGAGACAUUUUCUUGCAAGAUAAGAUGGUGAUUUAUGACAACGAGAAGAAGCAGAUCGGAUGGAUUCCCGCAAAGUGUGAUAAGCUUUCAAAGUCGUAAGCCUAGAUCAUCCUUGUUGUGCUGUUGUGCAUAGGGCUUUGUUGAAUCUACAGUGUGGGUCAAGACUUGUUAGUGGAUUUUUGGCAUCUUAGCCCAUACCUUUUUUUUUUUUUAACCUGAGCAUCUCACCCCCUACUGAGACUUGUGACAUUGCGUAUUGUGAAUAACUUUUAAACAGAGAAUGCCCAUGUGAAAACUGGAGGCUGGCUGCCUGGCUGGGUGAUUAUUGAUAGUAUAAUCUUUUACCAAGAAAAUAAAAUAAA